UCCUGCCCCUGCCCCCCUGCCCCACACUUUAGCCCAAGGAGGCCGGCCUCGCCUCGCCUCGCCUCGCUUCAUACGCCCGCCCGCCCCUGCCGAUCCAUCCACCCAAUAAAGCGCCUGUACAGAUCCAACCCUUAGGAUCCGGAUCGCCUUACCCCCCCGCGACGAUUUGCGCGAUUCGAUUCGAUUCGAUUCGAUUAUCCUCCGAUUUUCCCCGUUUUUUGUAGGUUUCCUCUCUUUUUCGAUCGGUGUGCUAGGGUUUGGGCGCGCGGAGGCGUCGCAUUCCAGGGUAAUCAUUGGUUCGACGGGCUAGGGUGCUUUCUCACCCGGGGAACGGAAGCGAAUCCAGACGAUGGAGAAGAAGAAGGUGGCGAUACCGCUGGUGUGCCACGGCCACUCGCGGCCGGUGGUGGACCUCUUCUACAGCCCCGUCACACCCGAUGGCUACUUCCUCAUCAGCGCCAGCAAGGGAAAAAAAGCAUCGCAGUCACUUGGAUCUGGAAAGCGGAAGACAAAAUCAUGGAAACCAAGCGGAAAAAAGUCAGACAAAAAUAACCAAGCAUGAAGUUUGAACGAAAAAUCCGAAUGGAGGUCUGACUGAAACAGGAACAGAAAUGUGGAUGACCUGGAACAGAAACACAGAUGUCUUACACACAGAAUGAUCUGGAAAGAAACACAGGACGGUGUAUAUGAGGAGUCAGAAAAAAGUUACGACAAAACAAACAACAACAAAGCCUUUUAUCUCAAGCAAGUUGGGGUAGGCUAGAAAAAAGCUACCAUGACAGAAUUUCUCUCUUUAAUAUGAGGUGUAGAUAUAAGAGCAAUUUUCAUAGCUUUAUUUUUUGAGCACCACCGAGUUACAAGUAGAAUGGAUGAAAGCAAAAUGAAACAGUUGGAUAUUCAUGAAUACCAUGUUAAAAGCUUGACAAAGAAAUAGUUAUGGUUAAACAGAAACAUGCAUGCACAUCUCGGUUGUGGACUACUAAAGAACAACCUGGAUCCAUUGGGACCUUGUUUGGAUGUAGUCGGAUUCACAUAAAUCCACAUGUGUUGGGUUGGAUUAUAGUGGAACUUGAACUAAAUUCCACCCCAGCACAGGUUGAUUGAGGUGAGUCUGACAACAUCUAAACAAAGCCUAAGAAGCUAAUGCAUGGUUUCAUAUCCGACCCCUAUGAAAGGUGAACAUAUUUUAUGCUAACCUUUACCUUACUCCAUUUUUUCUUUGAAAGAAGGAUGAUCUUGUGGUAUUUGAUUCGAACAUUUUCAAGUUGUAUUAUUAAGUUUUUUUAUUUCCACAUAUAUUUUUCUUGAAAUAUUAGAUGCAUUCCCUUCUUGUAAGGAAUGCUCUAUAAAGCAUCCUUGCAAUAAUAAAUUCUCUAUAGAGGUGUUAGAAAUAUGAAUGAUAAAGGUACAUCAGAUGAAACAAUAAGCCAAUAAUAAAUAGCUUGUUGUCCUAGUUGUCAGCAACUAAACAUUGUAGGACUAAGCCUCAAUUGGGUACCAGCAGUGUAUUAAUCUCUAUCUUGCAGUUUUUCCUGAUUUAACUGUGUGCCCAUAUUGCAAGGCGAAUAAUGAGAAUGGUGAACUUCCUAUCUAUCGUGUGAUCAUUAGAGCGAUUUAAGUGCUUUGCUAAAUGUUAUCCACGAAAAGAAUAUUAUAUCAUAGAAUCUGUAGAUAUUUAUGCAUUCGAGAAGAGUGAGCAGGUUCUAGGCUAGGUUUCGGUAACGAUCUUGGAUUGGGAUUUUGGGACCAAGUGAUAGUCGAAAGGAGUUAGACAUCUUAUCUGGUUUUACAUGGCAAAGGUUAUACAUUUUUUUAUGCUUCAUGGCUUCAUUACCAAGCUUUGAAUGAUUUCACACUGUUUGCAGACCAGUAAACUUUGCAAAUAGGAGAAGCAUACAUGUCCUCUCGUGUUGCUACCUAUUGAAUGAUCUUAUUAUUUUUUCGUUUCACAGAUACAAAUCCAAUGCUUCGUAAUGGUGAGACUGGCGACUGGAUUGGGACUUUUCAAGGUCAUAAAGGAGCUGUUUGGAGCUGUUGCCUUGACAGGAAUGCUCUGAGGGCUGCAUCUGCUUCUGCUGACUUUUCAGCUAAAGUAUGGGAUGCACUUACUGGGGAUGAGCUACAUUCAUUUGAACACAAGCAUAUAGUUCGGGCAUGUGCCUUCUCUGAGGAUACACACCUUUUACUCACUGGAGGCAUGGAAAAGAUUUUGCGUGUGUAUGAUAUGAAUCGUCCUGAUGCAGCUCCAAGAGAGCUUGACAAAUCACCUGGUUCCGUCCGAACUGCUGCUUGGCUUCAUAGUGACCAAACUAUAUUGAGUUCCUGCACUGACAUGGGUGGAGUAAGGCUGUGGGAUGUUAGAACUGGAAAAAUUGUCCAAACUCUUGAAACCAAGGCUUCUGUCACUAGUGCAGAAGUAAGCCAGGAUGGCAGGUUCAUCACUACUGCUGAUGGCUCAAGUGUAAAAUUCUGGGACGCGAAUCACUUUGGCCUUGUUAAAAGCUAUGAUAUGCCAUGCAAUGUGGAAUCGGCUUCACUUGAACCUAAGUCUGGGAGUAAAUUUGUCGCUGGAGGAGAAGAUUUAUGGGUUCAUGUAUUUGAUUUCUUCACUGGUGAAGAAAUAGCUUGUAACAAAGGACAUCAUGGUCCAGUCCACUGUGUCCGGUUUGCACCUUGUGGUGAAUCAUACGCAUCGGGUUCAGAAGAUGGCACCAUUCGGAUCUGGCAGCUUAGCCCGGCUAAUGCUGAUGACAAUGAGGUGGCCAAUGCAAAUGGCAAGACAACUGCUGGGGUAAACGAAGUUACAACCAAGAUCGAAGGCUUCCACAUUCCCAAGGAGGGGCAGACCGAGGGGUAGGAUCUCAUGUGUUUUGUGGUGCUUGUGGUUCUUAUUGCGAGGAGAUUGCCAUCAGAGCUGCAGUGGUCAUUCAGUUUCCCUCUGCGGAGUCAUCAUGUCUGCGAUCCAAGGGUAUCCUGGCUUCAUGAGUCAUCAUCAGCACUGGGGAAAAACAAGCAAGCAAAUGGUGGUGGGUUUUUGGAUGGGGCCCUCGCUUUGAUAGAACAUAGCAAUUGUAGCGUCAAAAAUAAACAAGAGUUGGGUAGUUUAGGUACCGUGUUUGCGUUCAUUAAAGUGAAGUAUUCUGUAUCACCACAGGUAACCUUGAUUGUGGUGACUAUUUUUUUUUGGUUUGCCUCACCGUGUUCCAGUCCCCUAAAAAAAUACUUGAGGCCUUCAUCGUUGGAACACCGACCUUCAAAGCUGUAGACCACUUCUUGAUCCUGAGGUAGUUCUGGAGCGUCAUGCCUAUCAAAUGAUAGAUUUCUGUUCA